GUAGAUUUGUAGAGAACAAGAUUAACCUUUGUGUAUUUGCAUGUUUUUAGUGGUCUGUUGUGUUGACAAUAUUAUUUUAUUAUCUUGUAAUUAAUUUGGUUCAUAUACUUUUUAAAUACCAAUCUGCAUUUGUUUAAAGUGUUGUAUAGUGAGAAUACUUGAGUGAGUAACAGUCCUGUUUAUUGUAUUGAUCUUACCGGUUUCCUUGAUUUGAAACUACAGCAUCAAAAAUGUCUAUGGACGUUAUACCAAAAGAUUUGAGAUCAGUAAGAGCAUGUUUAGUAUGCUCUCUUAUAAAGUCAUUCGAACAAUUUGAAUAUGAUGGCUGUGAUAACUGCGACGAAUUCCUCAGAAUGAAAAACAAUAGGGAUAAUGUCUAUGACUGCACUAGUUCAAAUUUUGAUGGAAUGAUUGCUGUAAUGAGUCCUGAAGACAGCUGGGUCUGUAAAUGGCAGAGGAUAAACAGGUUCUGCAAAGGAGUGUACGCUAUCUCGGUGGCAGGUAGACUCCCUCAGAGCGUAGUGAGAGAAAUGAAAAGCAGAGGAAUUGUGUACAGGCCUCGUGACAUGAGCCAACGAUGAAACGUUUUCAUCCUAAAAGUGAUUGAUCGUGAAUAAAGACGUGAAAAGUGUGUAAAUAUCAUGUUUCAGUAUUUUUCUAUUGACAAUUUAUGUAAUACUUAUUAUGGGGUCUAAUCAUAGCUCAUCAUACUUAAAACACCGUAGUGGUGUUGUUGUAAUUUAACCUUUCGUUUUUGAUGAGAAUAAAUACAAUUUUCAAAUUUAUGAGAA